AGGUGGAGCUGGAAUUCGACGAAUACGCCGAGGAGUUCGAGGAUCGACUACUUGCUCCACAGCCUCAAGUACGAUUUCCCGCGCGCGUGCCAGGAGAAGGUCGCUGGGCUGCCGCGCCGCUUCCGGCGCUGCCUGGACCUGGGUUGCGGCACCGGCCUCUGCGGGCGGGCGCUGCGCGAGGGUCCGGCAGGGGAGGCGCUCGAGUGGCUGGAGGGCUGCGACCUCUCGGCGCGCAUGCUGGAGAAGGCCCGGAACGCGGGGGGGUACGACGCGCUGCACAAACGCGAUUUGCUAGGCCACUUGCAGCGGCAACCAGGCGCGAGUUUCGACCUGCUGGUCGCGGGAGACGUCUUCAUUUACGUGCUGAGUUUGCGGCCCGUCCUCCGGGAGGCUCGGCGCGUGCUGGAGCCGGGCGGCGCGCUGGUGUUUUCUACGGAGGCGGCGGCGGAAGACGAGGAGGCCCAGGACCGAAGUGCGCCAGGGCCGUUCGGCUUGCGACGGCGUGGGACCGGGGCUCCCAGCUUCGACACCGCGGCGCCUGACUACGCUCAAUGCCGUGACGCAGAAUAGCCAGCCCUCAUGAGCAGGUACGGAUCGGGCAUUGCGGUCACCGCACCUGGCGGCUUCCAAGGGAACCGUGCUGGCGGAGAAGUUCUUGUUCUGCCGCCUGGGCUGGGCCCGCAACGCCGUUGGUUCUUUUGUCCUUGGCGACAGUCCGAAGCCGACGCAGGCCAAGCUGAGCUGGGAAGUGCGAAAGGGAAUCUGCAUUCCCCGAGGCCUGGGCAGAUGAUGAAUCUGGCGCUUUGGAGAAGCAUCAGUUCGAAAGAUCUGGUGAGUUUCCCCACUGAGGUUCCUAUGAGCCAUUCGUUGCAUGCCGUUGUUGGUGUAGUUGCCGCCUUGUUCAAGUAUGCACGUUGGACAGACUAUGUUCCCGAUCUCUGUUGCAUCAGGCUAGCGGUCAUGUGCAUACCCUUUCUCAUUGAGUGCGGUUUUGCCCAAAAGCGCGGUUGCCCCCUUGUCGCGAUAUUCAAGUAUGGGUCGUCCUCUGCACUUGUGCAUGUAGUGUCGUGUCCUUUGCCUACUUUAGGCGCCGAUGGGUCAUGGGUGCAUGCGCGGCUUCUCUGUUUGUGCAAUGGUUCCCUCUGUUUUCCUUUGUUUCGUCUGUCUCUCCCACCUUCUCCUCCCUUCUCCUCGUCCUCAGGUUCACCCUCCUCCCUCGUUUCGUCGACUCAUUGGAUGGUCUGGCACUCGUUCCAAGCACGAGUGCCUAAGAUGCUUGCCAGAGGCAUGAGCAUGAGUCAGUGCUAUGUCCUGGCUACAGCUAGCCUUCACCAUUGCAGAGAGCAUCGCACAAUUUACGUUCGAGCGCACGAGCAGA